CAACAAGAGCCAAACAGACCAAGUGCUGUAAUCUCAUAGAGGAUAUUUCCAAGACAUUUUGUCCCGCAUGGUUUACAUUCCCUCUCUGUCCUCUGCUCUUCUGUCGUCUGUACAGAUAGCUAACAUCAGUGGUGAGUGAUGGCCGUUGAGCAAUUUGUGUCAAAGACACUCGAGCUUCUGCAGGAGGAGAGGGAGGCUGAAAUAGAGGAGACCAGGAUAUGGCAGGAGAACAUCUCUCUGAAGGAUCUUCAAAAUAAAGGAGUUUGCCUGCUGAAAUUGCAGAUAGGAAGUCAGUCCACAGGCCUGUAUGGCCGCACAGUUGUUGUCCUCGAGCCAAGAAAGCAUCUUGGUUUCUCAUCUCUGCCAAGCAACAGCUUUGGACCUGGUGACAUAGUAGGUUUGUACGACACUGGCGGAUGCAAUGCAGACUCACAGAUCGGCACAGGAAUAGUGACGCGGGUCAGCCAAGCCUCUAUAAGUGUGGCCUUUGAUGAUUCAAAGGAUGGCCUCAGCUUUGACACAGAUGCUCUGCACAACCUCUUAAAGUUGGCAAAUGAUGUCACAUACAAACGAAUGAAAAAAGCCUUGAAUGCCUUAAAUGGAUACAGCAACGGACCAGCUGGCAAUCUGAUGAAUGUUCUCUUUGGAGACUCAAAACCUUCUUCUCACUCACAGCCAAAUGAAGUUAAGUUCUUGAAUCUGAACCUGGAUGAAUCCCAGAGAGAAGCCGUGUCCUUUGCUCUGUCUCAGAGAGAACUGGCUGUAAUUCAUGGACCACCAGGCACUGGGAAAACCACCACAGUGGUGGAGAUCAUCCUGCAAGCAGUCAAACAAGGCCAAAAGGUCCUGUGCUGUGCCCCCUCAAACGUGGCUGUGGAUAAUUUAGUGGAGAGGUUAGCCCGGUGCAAGGCGAAGGUCCUGAGGCUGGGUCACCCUGCCAGACUGCUGGAGUCCAUUCAGAAGCAUUCACUAGACGCCAUCCUCGCUCACAGCGACAACGCAAACAUCAUCAGUGACAUCCGUAAAGACAUCGAUAAAGCUUUUCUGGGAAUGAAAAAGAUGCAUGAAAAAGGAGAGCGAGUAAACUUCAAAAGGGAAAUCGGGGAGCUCAGAAAAGAGCUGAAAACCAGGGAAGCAACAGAGAUCACCCAGAUCUUAAAAAGUGCUGAUGUUGUGUUAUCAACCAACACAGGUGCUUGUGAUGAUGGCCCUCUGAAGUUCCUGCCAGCAGAGCAUUUUGAUUGGGUGGUGAUAGACGAGUGCGCUCAGGCCCUGGAGAGCAGCUGCUGGAUCGCCCUGCUCAGAGCGCGCAAGUGCAUUCUGGCUGGAGACUACAAGCAAUUACCACCUACAAUCAAGUCACAAAUGGCUGCGUCAAAAGGCCUGUCCCUCAGUCUAAUGGAGAGACUUAUCCAGAUGUACGGGGACUCAGUGGUGCGCAUGCUAACAGUUCAGUACCGCAUGAACAGCGCCAUCAUGGAGUGGGCCUCCAAAGAAAUGUACCAGGGAAGACUAACAGCUCACAGCUCUGUAGCGAGACACCUGUUAAAAGAUCUACCAGGGGUCACCUGUGUUGAAGAGACCUGCACGCCGCUGCUUCUUAUCGACACUGCAGGCUGUGGUCUGAGUGAGAUGGAGGUCACAGACGAGCAGUCCAAAGGCAAUCAAGGUGAGGUAGACAUUGUCGAACUGCACAUAAAGGCUUUGACUGAAGCUGGGCUUAAAGCUAAAGACAUAGCUGUUAUUGCUCCAUACAACCUACAAGUCGACCUUCUGCGUCAAAAACUGUCUACAAGGCAUCCAGAGCUGGAGAUAAAGUCAGUGGAUGGAUUUCAGGGCAGAGAGAAAGAGGCCGUGGUGUUGUCGUUAGUUCGCUCCAACAGAAAAGGGGAGAUUGGAUUUCUGGCAGAGGACAAAAGGAUCAAUGUGGCUGUUACACGUGCGAGACGUCACAUCGCUGUAGUGUGCGACACACAAACUGUCCAGAAUCACCCUUUUCUGAAGUCCCUCAUCAAUCAUAUGACUGAGUUUGGCGAGGUCAGAACAGCAUUUGAGUACAUCCAGGACAUCGUCCCACAGAAUUACACCCGUGACCACAAAGACACGAAGGCUAACACGUCCACCAGCAGCUCCGUGUCCACCAAACAGAAGGUUAAAGACCAGCCUCCCAGCAAGGCCAAGCAAGGACAAAAGAAGCCCACUGGAAGCAGUGGUAAUGAAAAUACAGCUAAUGCUAAACACGCAAAGUCCUGCAUAAGAGCAGUGACUGAGGAAGAGAACAAGAACAGAUACACUGAGAUCAGAGAGCAGGUGGAGAGCUUUCUGAGGGAUUUAAAUCGCACUGAACUACAGUUUCCAUCAUCCUUUAACUCUCAUGACCGACUGCUGGUCCACCAGGUCGCUGAGGAGCUGGGCCUCGUGCAUGAGAGUAAAGGCGAGGGGAAAGACAGGUGUAUCACUAUCUCCAGACCCCAAGUGUCAACACCAGCUGAGGAGCCAACCCAAGAAGACGAAGUCCAGGAGGACGUGACAGUCCCAAAUCCCCAAAGAGAGCCGCUGCAUCAACCUCCAGUAGACCUGAAGAGUUUACAUUUGGAGCGAAUGAAGAGGGAGCAGCAGAAAAGGGAAGAAAAUGCUCAGCAAAAAAAGCAAAACAGCAACAUUCCUCCAGCUUCAUCAUCAAAGAAGCCCAAGUCAGCGAAAGGAAAGAACCGAACAAAGGCAGGUGCCUGCGACAUCGCUGCCGCCGCCGCUCCAGAUGAUGACUUUGAUGCACUUAUGGACGCUGUCAGGAAGGCUGACAGUGUGUGCAGUUUUGUCAAGUGCAAAGCUUCUGUGCUAACACUUGGGCAGCUUUGCCUCUUCUGCAACAGGCAGUAUUGUCUCAGUCAUCAUAUACCAGAGGUUCACGGCUGUGGAGAUAAAGCCAAGUCUCAUGCUCGGAUGAGAAUAAGCAAAGAAGGUGUUCUUUAUGCUGGGAGUGGGAAGAAAGACAAAUCCAUGGACCCCAAUAAGAAAGCCUAUCUGCAAAGGAAACUGGACUCUAAACUGAAAGACAUGGCGUCACAGAGGAAACCUAAAAAAGAGGACAGUAAAUGAUACCAAAUCAACUCUAUAAGUUAACAGAACUGAAGACUUUGUUCUGAACAUAAAUAAAAAAAUCUAAUAUUUUAAAAUAGUAGUUGUCUUGUUUGAUCAAAUACACAGUUUGAUACAGCUCCGACUGUUGGCCGAAUUUUAAUUAGAGCAGCUUGAAUUCUUCAAUAUUUGAAUGUGCAACUUACUGCUGUCCGUUAUUGUUGUCAGUUGCAGCAGCUAUAACCAGUGGUGGACAAAAUAUUCAGAUCCUUAAGAGUACUAAUGCCACACUCUGAAAAUACUCCACUACAAGUAAAAGUCCUGCCUCACUUAAGCAAGGUUUAAGUAACACUGUUGAAUUUCCCCGGUUGGGGAUUAAUAAAGUCUUAUCUUAAAAGUAUCUAAGUAUUAUCAGUAA